AUGGCGGUCUUUCAAAUGUUAGUCAUCUCAGGAUGUAUUUUUGUCACUCUGUACAUCUCCUGCACCGUCUUAGUUGGGAAAGGAAGGUUUGGAUCCCUCCUCAGAGGCGCUGCCACAAAUUUGGAGCAGGAGAAGACCAACAACUUCGAUGUGAGCGGAGAUAGGAGCGGUCGAAGGCUUCGACAUGUUAAUGUGGUGAAGAAAUUGGAGGAGUGGAAAGCCGGGGCCGAGGAGAGGAAAUUGGAGAAGGUUGCUGAGGAUUUCCUUAAGAAGCGGGCCAAAGCAGCGAAGAAGUCGACGUCCGGUGAUUCCGAGAAGUACAGGGAAGUGCGGUUAAAGAUAUGGACUGGGAAGCGAAAGCUUGAUGAGAGCGAUACUGAUGAGGACGAUGAGGCUGACAGCGAUGAUGAUGAAAAUAUCUGUUAUUCUGGCCGAAAAUGUGGGUCUUCUGGUGGAGGUUCUACAGAAAGCAACUUUGAGGAAGAAAACGAUGUUGCGGGUAGAAGGGGUUUUGAAUUGGAGGAAGCUACAAGAAGUAAAGCAGUUCAUGCUGAAGCGGAGGUCUCUGUUGAUUCUGAAUUGGGAAUCCGCAAAAAGACUAUGUUUCAAGCCCUGCGCCCUGGUAUCUCUGAUUUGGAGGCGGGGGCAGCUUCUGGAAUUGAAGCUGUUCAAGCUGGAGGAACCGGUCCUAUUGAACCCGAAUCUGGGAAUCAUGAAGAACAAGUUGGUCAGGCUACCAGCGGAACCGGUUUGGAAGAGUCGAAGGGUUCUGACGGCGGAGCUAUUGCUGCCAAACCAAAUGAUGCUGUUGAGCCGAAACUGGAAUAUCAUGAUAUAGUUAUUGAAGAUGCAAACAUUUCAGAUAUGAAGAAACCAUUGAAUUUUGAGGAGUUCAACUUUGCUGCUGAGGUGGAGGUAAUUUUACCUUUGAUCCGUAUUUAUUUUGUUUCUGUUGGAUUGGUUGCUGCUGUUUGA